AAAACAAAANAAAAGAAAACAAAACCACGUUUACGACACAACACAAACAUGUCCGCCUUGCCCGUUCCUGUUAGAGAUUUCACAUCUUUGAUGAAGACGCUGUUUAGCCCUUCUGGGGAUAAUCGUUCGGCCACAAUGAAUGAAACACCAGAUGUCGAGCAAGCUCGUCACCAGGAGCUCGAUCAUGGCCAUUGCCAACAACAGCAGUGUCGUGGCGAUGAAGGUCGCAGCGGUAAUGUUGCUUCUGCUGCAGAAUCCAAGCCCACUUGCGAACCUGGCGGUGCCCUUGAUAUAGCGGAGCUCCAGGCAUCGGACUCAGCCUACCAAAUUGCAGCAGAGAUACAUGACAUCUUCUCCUACGUUACACGGAAACAAUAUUUGGGGAUCAAGCGUGUUUGGAAAGAGACAGUCUUUGCUAUCAAAUCGGAUGACAGCAGUUUGGAAGAAGAACUGUUAAUACGUCUAGAGCAACAGUGCCAUGCCUAUUACGACUCCAUAUUGAAGCAGAGUUGGGUCAACCAUCUCUCAAGGGGCAGCAAGGCGAUAUGCGAAAAGUUUAUAUACGAGCAGAAAACCAAGCUUGGCGCUGAUGUAGAGCACAUUGAAGAGAAUCCAUCGUGCUAUAUAUUUUACGGGCAGCACGAUGUGCCUCAUGCUGCAGCGCGGAGAUUUCUAGAAUUCUCGUGGGUGUAUCGGUCGUUGGCAAUGUUCCAGAGAAAAACCACCAGUAGCAAAGAUGCAGACUACAUCCACUUUGCAGACGAGGUUAUUCUUGUCAUCAAGAUGCUGCUGAUGCUGUUGAUCAUUAUUGUCUUUGUCUAUGUGCCUGUGAUUAUAUCUGGACUGGGGGUGGUGAGUUCGCAGGUCGGAAUCUCUAUCCUAUACUUCGCGUCCAUAUCGCUGAGCUGCGUCGUCACAACAUUGACGCUGGAUGUCAACACGGCAUUGGCCGUGGACCUGGCGUACGCUGGCAUACUGGGAAACGUCUUAUUCCAAAAAGGUGCUGCUUAAAUUUAGCACAAGCCAUGGACAUUCACGCGGCAUCGGAGUUUAGGGAGGUCGGGUCGGCGUAUGGGGGUAGGGGUAGGAGAUGGAUAGGAUCUACAGCGGAAUAGAGAUGCGAUGGCCUAGAUAGAGUAACAAUAAUUUUACCAAACUGCUUCAAAAGAGAC